UAGAACUCUCCUUAAUUUUCUUGUUUCUUCCGCAGGGGGCACCGUUUUCAUCAAGUCUAUUGAUGCCUCCGCCCAUUGCAAGAAUGCCACCUACCUAUGUGAGCAGAUAGAGGAGGUGAUUAAUGAGGUGGGUGAAGAGAAUGUGAUACAGGUGGUGACUGACAAUGCACCAAAUUAUGUUGCUGCAGGCAGACUAUUGAUGGAGAGGCACCCAUCUAUAGUUUGGACUCCAUGUGCCGCCCAUUGCAUUGACCUCAUGUUAGAGGAUAUUGGAAAACUUCCAUGGGUCAAGACAUGUGUAGAAAAGGCAAGAAAUGUGUGCAAAUUUGUAUAUAAUCAUUCAUGGGUGUUGGCUCUUAUGAGACAAUACACAGAGCAUAAGGAGUUAGCUCGUCCAGGAAUCACAAGAUUUGCCACAAACUUCAUCACAUUGCAGUCCAUGCUUCGUUGUAAGAUGGCCUUGAGACGUAUGAUUGUUGGUGAGGAGUGGUCUUCCUCAUCCUAUGCUGCCACCCCAGCAGGAAAAGAUAUGGCAGACUGCAUUUUUGAUGAGCGAGGCUUUUGGAGCCCUUGUGAUGAGAUAGUGAAGUUUGUUAAGCCCUUGGUGGUUUUGUUGCGAGUUGCGGAUGGAGAAAAGCCCGCAAUGGGCUACAUAUAUGAGGGCAUGGAUAGGGCGAAAGAGGGCAUCAAAUCUAUCUAUGCAGGAGAUGAGAGCAAGUAUGGUCCCAUUUGGCAGAUCAUUGAUAAGAGAUGGCAUCAUCAGCUUCAUAGGCCCAUCCAUGCAGCAGCCUAUUAUUUGAAUCCGGCAUUCCAUUUUAGCCCUACUUUCAGGGCUGAUGCGGAGGUCCUUGAUGGGCUAUACUCAGCCAUGGACAAGAUGGCACCUGUUGGUUGUACUCAGACAGAUCUUAUGCGAGAGCUACAGUUGUUCUCAAAUGCACAAGGGGAGACCUUUUCUCGUCCUAUCGCCAAAGAAAGUAGGACAACUAUGAUGCCAGAUAAUUGGUGGAACUUUUUUGGCCCAACGACACCAAAUCUUCAGAAGUUGGCCAUUCGCAUCUUGAGCCAACCAUGCAGUGCAUCUGGUUGUGAGCGCAAUUGGAGUAUGUUUGAGCACAUACACUCCAAGAGGCGCAAUAGAUUAUCCGUGGAGAAGAUGAAUGAUCUUAUCUUUGUUCACUAUAACCUCCGCCUGAGAAUGAGAAAGAAUGCAUUAGCUGACAUCUCUCCUAUCAUUCUAGAUGAGGUUGAUCCUGAGGCAGAGUGGGCCAUUGAGACAGAUCCUGUGGCUGUCUUUAGUGAUGAUGACACUGAUUGGAUCGACCAGGUAGAUAUAGAGGCUGAGGCUGUAGCCAUGGCAGAGGAGGAGCAGAGAGCACGAGCAGAGAGAGGAGAUUCAGAGGCAGAUGGUGAUAGUGACAGAGAUGGUGACAGUGACACAGAUGUUCCUGAUGUUGGUGAGCAUGGCGUGGUGUCACGAGGAGCGGCUAUGGCUGCCCAAUCAUCUAUGACCUACCUUAGACGCCUUCGUAGGCGGGCGGGGCCUUCAUCGGAGCCGACGUCGGGGCCGGAGGGUGCAGACUCCUCUGCGCCAUAGGCUUGUAGAUGUAUUUACCUUUGUUAUUUGUAUGGAACAUUUGAUGAUGAUCAUAUGAUGACAUGGAUUUUUUAUUCCAUGAGUUUUGUAAUAUUGUAUACAUUUGACAAUAUUUAUAUAUCUAUGUUUGUUA